AUGUAUAAGCAUAAAUCAGGUGCUCUGAAACGCAAAGAAAAAUUAGAAAAAGAUGCUAAAGAAGUAAAGGGUCGUAUUUCUAUUACAAAUUUUUUCAAAUCAACUUCGAAGACUGACGUGCUUGUUAAUAACGAUUCGUAUAUGCCACAUCCAGACCAUGUGGCAAUUUUCGAAACGGACGAAACUAAUAUUGACUCUACAAGUACCACUGAUUCUAAUUCAUGUGAAAGUGAACCAAAAAAAUUAAUUUCACCGACAUUAGUGGCAUCUCCGGAUUUGAAGGACCCUGGAAUGUGGCCAACUACAAUUUCGAGGUCAGUUCGAGAUAUGAUUGUUUGUUGUGCACCAAAAUUUCCAGAACUAGUUAAUUUUGUAAAAUAUAUGCCAAAAGAUAUUAAUGGUAAGUCUUUUAGUAAAUUUAUGCUUUAUUCAAAAUCAUCAAAUAAUCGUGAAUCGUUUUCUCGAGAUUGGUUAAUUUGGAGUGAGACUAAACAAUCUUUACACUGUUUACCUUGUAUUUUAUUUCACCCAAAUUUAACAGAAACUUCAAAUACUAUUAGUAUAUUAGCUAAAAGAGAAGGUUUUUGUCCUCAUAAAACAUCAUGGAAAAAACUGUACUCAAAACUUCCUACUCACGAAAAUAGUAAAGUUCAUAGAGAUUUAUUUUUAGAAUGGAAAACUUUACAACAGUCACUGAUAGGUCACGGCGUUGAUUAUAUUCUUCAAAAACAAAUCAAGUGCGAGGCUGACAAAUGGAAAGGUAUUUUACGUAGGUUACUCGAUGUUACUUUAUUUUUGGGAUCAAGAGGUUUGUCAUUUCAAGGAGAUAAUUCUACAAUUGGUGAUAUACAUAAUGGUAAUUUCUUGGGUGUUUUAGAACUUCUAGGCAAAUAUGAUGAAAUAACUCGUGAACAUUUAACUAUGGUAAAACAAUCACAAAUAAAAGGUGAAUCAAUGAAAGGUAGUGCUCAUUAUUUAUCAUGGAAAAGUCAAAAUGAGUUUAUUUCUUUGUGUGGGGAUAAAACGCUACCCCAGAUGUUUCUCACCAAGAGCAAAAUGUUUUAA